AUGGAGUCCAAAAACGAAAAACAAUUCACCGCUGACCCACCCCCAUAUUCAGACAGUCCCGUUUUACCAGAUCAAACUACUGCUGAAAAGUCAGGUGCUGAAAAGUUUGAUGGCGCCACAACAGCAGUUCAUUCAAAUGCGCCAAUCGUAGUACCUGUGUUAGUAGAAAACAAGAUGGGACCAAAGCCUGCUGUGAUUGUAUGCCCGUCAUGUCGUGAACAGAUUGUGACUAGAGUGGAACGUAAAGUCACGACGAAAACACAUAUUUUCGCUGGUUUACUUUGCUUUUUAGGGGGUUUAUGCUGUGUAUGGAUACCUUACUUCGUGGGCUCUUGCCAAAAUGCUGAUCACUACUGCCCUAACUGCAAUACUUUCAUUGGAAGUUAUGAACACUAA